AUGGGCAAAUCAACUCAAGAAUUAAAAUAUAAACGACUUAAAGUCGGUCACGCCUGCUAUGUUUGCAGAAGUAAAAAAAUAAAGUGCGAUGGAUUACGACCUUGUAUGCAGUGUAAAGCUCGUGGUAGAACUUGCAUAGCCUCAAAGACAGAUUCUGCUUCUCCGGCUGCAUCGGAUGCCAGCAAAGAUGUUUUAGAAAGUAGUAACAGUAGUGGUAGUGAAUCAGACGACGAAUCCAUUCUUUUCUCAUGGUCCCGAAAGCCUUCGCCAAGCAAUACCAAUAUAUCAAUCUCGCAAAAUGAAUCCUGGGCAAGCCAUAUCGCAGCUUCAAUUGCUGAGUGUAUUAAAGGGGAGGAUCAAGAUAUGCUCAGCUUUGAAUAUCCUUCAUUUGGAAACUUUGUUCGUUGGACAAAUGAGCCUUCUUUGCCAACUCAUUAUUCUCACCCUAUCGAGAUGCCUACAGCUGAUGUUCAGAUGAAAAUGAUUGACAUAUUCUUCAAGUCAUGUUAUUCUAUUUUACCAAUCAUUCCCAAAGAGCUUUUCUAUCAGCAGCUUCGCGUCAAGGGUCCACUGAUAACACCCCUUUUAUUAAACGCUAUCUACUGUAUCGUUACUAAUAAUGUUGAAAUACAAGAUGCUCCAAAGGCAAGUGUCUUCUUUAACCGAGCCAAGAAGAUGGUAGAUGAUUUUCUCGACAUUCCACGUGUAAGCACUGUAAUUGCACUCUGCCUUUUGUCGUUAUAUGAACCCGCUCCUUCAAGAGGACAAACAGCAAUAGGUACACGCCAUUGUCGCACCUGGAUUUACUGCGGUAUGGCUUCUCGCAUGUGCCUGGAACUUGGCUUGAAUAUAGAUAAACCAGAAACACGGAGAAACAUGGAUUGCCAAGAGAUUGAACUACGACGAAGAGCCUUUUGGGGAUGUUACAUCCUCGAUAAAUUUCAAAGCCAGGAGUGGGAAAGGUCCUGGAUCCUACCAUCAUCACUAUCAAGAGUAUCUUUACCCAAAGCGAUGCCUAACGACGACGAGAUGGAGCAAAUAAUCAUUCAAGAGUUCAUUCAAUCCGCAAAGCUUGCCAUGAUUGCUGAAGAAGGCCUGCAAAUCCGUGCCCUAUUUGCUAUUCACGAUAACAGCAAUCCGGCUGUUAUCCAGGGUCAAUUUGAGCAAUACUAUGCAAGAAUUAUGCAUUGGAAGCAAAAUUCUCCGUUUCCGGAAGAUUUUUCCUGUCCAACGACAAACGAAACAUUAAAAAUCUUUGGCCCAUCCUACAAUCAAAUAUGCUUCUAUCUUAUGGUUGUCGAAACUCUCCACUUUUUACCCCAGAAUGCGGAAAGAGCUGCUGAGCUUCGUACCUAUGCUACCAAACUUGUAAAUUACGCCGAGAGAAUUUAUCACCAUUCUUCCAAAAUAGUUCAACACGAAUUCCUGGCUCAUGCAGUCGGCGCCGCAUUUCGUGUACACAAACUUUAUUUAAAAAGCGAAGAUGCAUCGAUUGCAAAGGACUCCUGUGACAUGAUUGAUAAAUGUCUCAAAUUGCUUUCAAAAAUACAAGAUCGUGUGUCCAUUCCCCAUUUUCCUGAAAUUAUUCAUCAUUUGGUUUAUAAGCACCAGGCUUUUAAAAAGAAUCAGCACCUGGAAUUGACACGAAAACCGACAAAAGAUCAACCUACUGCGCCUACCCCGCUUGUACUAUCUUUAGAAAAAAGCCACCCCAACAACAGCAACAACAACAACACAUCCGAUACUUGUCAGCAGGUGCAAUCUCCAGCCACAGAAAUUUCGCUGCGCGAAGACAUCAAUCGCCUGUCUAUCAACACUGAUUUUCGUGAUCAACAACAGCCAUGGUUACAAGCACUACAGGAUAUUGCAGAUAUACAAUCAAUAGCAGGUCCUACUACAGCCAUGGAAGAUUCUAUUCAGCAAAUCAGCUCUUCCCCUAGUUCUCUUCAAGGUGAACUGUCGUGGUCAGCGCCAAUGAUUCCAAACACUACAUUUCCAUUCACUGUUGCCGAAUUAUCCUAUCAAGAACAAUCUUACCUGAGUUCACCAAGCUUAAAUUAUUUAACAUCCAAUUCUUUUCAUCAAAAUAUUCCCACACUCUAUACAAACGAACCAUACACUUACUUCAAAUAUCCUAUAUGA